AAGCGCUGGUGGAGUGUGAAGCGGCAGGGAUCCGCGAUGGGGGCCCGCGGACUGGAGGCGGUGGUGGAGUUGUCGCCGCAGGAGGCUCGCGGUGGGGGGACGAACGAGAGAGGGCCUACAGAUGGUCAGCCUGUGGUGAUCCUUCUAGGCUGGGCAGGCUGCCAGGACAAAUACCUGGCCAAAUAUAGCGCAAUCUACAGUCAGAAGGGGUGCACGGUCAUCCGCUACACAGCUCCAUGGAGGAUGAUAUUCUUCUCUGAGCCCUUUGGCAUAAGAUCCCUCCAGACUCCAGCCAGGCGACUCCUGGAGCUGCUCUUUGACUACAGUGUUGAAAACAGACCGGUUCUCUUCCACGUUUUCAGCAAUGGUGGUGCCAUGCUGUACCGUUACAUUGUCGAGGCGGUCCACACGCACAAGCCAUUUAAGAACCUCAAAGUAGCAGGCACUAUAUUUGAUAGUGCCCCUGGCAGAAGAAACUUGAGAGGAGCACUUCGUGCCUUGGCGACUGUCUUGGUGUCAAAGAAUGUGCUGCUCAAGUAUUUCCUCUUAUUUGCUUUCGCUACCACAGCUGUGGUGCUGCGCAUCCUGCUGUACCCACUGACCCGCUUCAUCCACGAGAGCCAUUACGACGCCCUGCUGAAAGCUCCCUCCUGCUGGCCUGAGCUUUACCUCUAUUCCCAAGCGGAUGCUGUCAUCAAGGCCAGCGAAGUUAAGCAGAUGGCUGAUGCCAGGCAGCAGCUUGGUGUCUCUGUGAAAGCUGUAGACUUCUCGGAUUCGGCUCACGUCAGCCAUAUGCGGGCGUAUCCCACCCAUUACAGCAACCUCUGUGCGACGUUCCUGACUGACUGUCUCGGGGCCUCACCUCCUUAGUGGUAUCCUGGCCGCCAGUGUUUGCCCCUGCUUUGCUCAGCUCAGAUGGGAAAUGUCACCCCCUUUGUCUCUGUGGCUUUGAAAGGAGGAAAGCAGAGACUUCUUAGCUGUUGGUUUGUUGGUUUUGUGUUUUUCUCCCCACCACCAUCUAAAAGCCUCCAGGCUGGCCUUUGGGCCAGCCACCUUAUAGCAGAAAGUAGAUAGGGAUUAAUUUAAAGUACUAAAAGUGAAAUCCUAGCAUAGUUGAUGUGUUACAGAUCAGAAUUUUCAGAGUGUUACUUGUUUCUUUCUGUCUUCUAUUGUUCUCUGCUUUCCAUGUUGUCUCCUUGUCUUUGAUGUCCAAUGUGCAUGUUCUGUUGCCUUGUACAGGCUUCACAAUACAGCUCUUUCAUCUCUUUGUUGUUUCUUUAGUCUCUGCUGUUUCUUUUAUCUUGCAGUGAGCAAACAGAAGCAGCUCUGCAGGACUUUUAUUUUGGUGCAUCCAGCUCUGGUUAUACUCCUUGCUGGGAUCAGGCCCAGAAAGCAAGUGUAAAGCCUGGAAAAGAUGUAUGCAGGGCACUGUGAUCACACUGUCCUCUGGUUCUAUAAUAUAAACAGCUGAGGCAGAGCAGUCAAAGCUCUGAUGCAUGGUGAGGGCUCAAAUCUUUGUGAUAACUUUUGUGUUCUUCAACCAAAAGGUUUAAGUUAAUCUUUUUGAAUGUGUCCUGUGCUUUGUUUCUCUUCCUUCCAGUCUUCUGUGUGUUCUCCUGAGCAGUUUUGCUUUCUUGGAUAACUGCCCUUUUGUUAUCGUGUGUCUUUGAGACGCCUGUAGUUUGCAUCUGGAAAUUGAGGGAAACUGGCACAGCUGUAACCCAAAAGACCUCAGAAAUAGAAAGGUGGAACCGGAGAGAAAAAUGAAGCUGUGUCUUAGGAGCUGUGAUUUAUACUGGGCAUUUCUUAUACCACUUCCAGCCUACAAAUGAGCGUGAAAUUCAACAUUUCCCCCAUAAUGCUCUCCUCAGAUGAUCAGUCUUUGCUGUCCAUGCAGCAUGCACUAGGAACAGAAGAAAUUAAUCCCUUCCACCUAAUGAAAAAGUAGCUCAUUGCACUACGCUUCAGUCACAUUUGGAUUUGGGUUUUGUUGUUUAUUUGGCAGAGAAGCAGGGAUAAAGACAGGGGAGAGGCUG